AUGAUUUUUGAGCUACUUCCCUAUUUCAUACACAAGUUAAAUAUACUGCUGCUUUUUAUUUUGCAUAAGGGUGAACUCGCAAAGGCAGUCUGUGAUGAUUUUAUGGGAAAUUUCGGCUUUGUUUUAAAGCGUUUACAAGAUUCUUUAAUUUAUUCCGUUUUUACUCAAAUGGUGCUUUUUUUUUGUUCAUGCCUUUUUUACUUCCAAGUAAUCAUAUUUUUUGCUAGUAUGCUCUUUCCUGGCACUUUACAUCUGAGUUUGCUGCAACGAUAUUUCAACUGUGUGUUGUCUAAAGCAUCACUAGAAUCUGAAAAAAGUUUGCCUAUAGUAUUGUCGUGUAGUGACUGUAGCUCUAUAUUACCAAAACAAAUAGUUUUGUGGCAAAAAUUAGAGUUUAGAUUGGAAGUAACAGCGAAAUAUCUUAUUCAAACAGUUCUUCAUGGUCAGAAAAACUGCUUUACUUGCAAUAGGCUAAAAAUACUGAUGCAUUUCCUUUCUUUCUUCUAUCUAACCUGUAUGUUUGUUCCAUUUAGGCAUACAAAAAUGACAUCAGGAUAUGCAUUCCUUGAUUUUUGGAACAAACCAACAUGCUUAUUGCCCAUCGAGGCAAGAACUCGCAAUAAUGGAUGUGUGGUUGAUUCUUCAUUCAAAGCAAAUCUAAAAAAGAAUGCAUUUCUUACAAAAUCAACAACUGAUAACAGGAAUAUAGUUGUAAACUCAGCUGAAGAGACCUAUAGAAAGUUCAAAGAGUACCUCAGUUACUUGCGAGGUGAGCUCUCCAACGAGAUGCAAUUCCUUAAUGAAAUUGAUGCUGAGGCCCUCCACUAUGGAAUGAAAGAUCUCACUCUGCUUGGGACUGAUGAUCCAGAAAAUGAUUCGCUUCCUCACUGUAUUACAAAUAUCGAUGUUGUGUUUGCACUGAGAAUGUCUGUCUUUAAAAUGCAAAAAUUAAUGCUUUCUUGGAUACUGUUUUUGCCUUUGACUUUCUACUCAAAUAAAGUACUUUUGGUCGCCCUCGAUAAACAGUUUGAAAAGAAAUGUAAUGCAUCCGGUAUAGGAAAACGUAAAAAUAAAUCAAAAGUGCAAUGGUAA